AUGAACCACUUCGUCGGCGAAUCCUACGAUUCCAUCCGCGAAGUCUGCAUCUUCCUGCUCAACAACUUCACCCUGCCGCCUGACAAGGCCCUCGCCGUCUACAUCCAGUCUCCGGGCAGCCCCUUCCUCUUCUGCGGCGCCGUCACCGUCUCCCGCCCCUCCGCCGUGCUCUCCCUCCCCUGGCCUGACCCCGGCAACGCCGGCGUCCCCCAGCUCACCGCCGACUCCACUCCCCUCUCUGCCAAAAUUGGGGUUUCCGUCGAGGACCUAGCUACGCUUCCGUCGCUAGACGUUGCCGCCGAGAGGAAGAUCGAGCGGCUGGCUCUCAAGGUCGGCGAGAAUCUAUUCAAUUUUAUGCAGUCGUUUUGUGCCGUUGAUGGCUCGAAGCUGAUUGUGCCCACCGACAUCUUGGACCGCUGGUUUAAGAAGUUUCAGGAACGCGCCAAGCGUGAUCCAGAAUAUUUGAAAGGCUUUGCCCUGUAGAGUUUUAGCUGCAGUCGUGCUUGCAGGCAGCCAUCUUGAAGCUUGGCUCGCGAGGGACUGUCAACGGCCUGGUCGAUCUGUUUGAUCGGUCGAUGAAACCUUGUCAGGUCUUUGCUAAUGAUAGUAUUGAUUCUGCAGUUUAUAGAUAUGGGUUACCGUUGAGGUGAGAAUGGUUUGUCGAAGAGUGGCAUUAGCUGUGCUCGAGGAACCAUCUCACGUCUCAGCAUUCGAACCUCCUCCUCCUCGAUCACCUACCACAAGUAGGCUCCUUUUGUUGUAAUGAACUAGAUUGAUAGAUUAUUUAUGCAUGUUUAUGGUGUUUAUAGUUA